AAUAGAAUCUCCAUGUGUUACCUAAAUCAGCUGAUGAGAGCUUUGGGGGUGUGAGCACUACAACUUUGUAACACUACCUGCCAUUAGUGAAAUUGGAGGUGUGUCAAUAAGAAUAAGCCAAUCAGAAUCGUUGUUGCAAACGGUAACAAGGAACACGUUCAAGGACAAGAUGACUACAUAUACAGACAAGGGCGAAAAGCCUGAAUCAGGCAGAUUUGUCAGCUUUGACCAUGUGACUUUUUGGGUUGGAAAUGCCAAACAGGCAGCAUCCCACUACUGCGCCCGGCUUGGCUUUGAAUUAAUGGCCUACAAGGGUCUUGAAACUGGCAGCAGGGAAGUAGCCGCACAUGUUGUCCGCCAGAACAAGAUCAUCUUUGUCUUCCAGUCCAUGUUACAACCAAACAAACCAAAAGAGAUGGGUGAUCAUAUAGUAAAACAUGGCGAUGGCGUUAAGGAUGUGGCCUUCGAGGUAGAGGAUUUGGAUGCCAUAUUUGAGAGAGCUGUACAGCGAGGUGCUAUCGUUGUGAAGGAGCCCUGGGAAGAGACGGACCAGGGCGGCACCGUAAAACUAGCCAUGGUAAAAACCUAUGGAGACACGACACACACCUUUGUGGACAGAUCUAAAUACAAGGGUGUCUUUCUUCCAGGAUACCGUGCUGCCACUUUCAAAGACCCACUCCAAGAUCUGCUUCCAAAGACAGGUCUGAAGUUCAUUGACCACCUUGUUGGAAAUCAACCUGAGGAGGACAUGGUGUCUGUGGCAGAAUGGUAUGAAAGAAAUUUGAUGUUCCAUAGAUUCUGGUCAGUGGACGACAAGCAAGUUCACACAGAGUACUCGGCCUUACGGUCAAUCGUGGUGACCAACUACGAGGAGACCAUCAAACUACCAAUCAAUGAGCCGGCUGCAGGAAGGAGGAAGAGUCAAAUCCAGGAAUAUGUGGAUUUCUAUGGCGGGGCUGGAGUACAGCAUAUAGCUAUGAAUACAGACAACAUCAUAGAAACAGUUACACGCAUGAAAGCAAGAGGUCAAGAAUUUCUGGAAAUCCCGAUGAAGUAUUAUGAUAAUCUUAAACAGAGGUUAAAGCACUCCAAGAUCAAGGUCAAAGAAAACAUGGAAACACUACAAAAACUUCGUAUCCUGGUGGACUUUGAUGAGAAUGGCUACCUUCUGCAAAUUUUUACAAGGAUGAUGCAGGAUAGACCAACUCUUUUCUUGGAGGUGAUACAGCGGAACAACAAUCAUGGAUUUGGAGCUGGAAACUUCAAAUCAUUAUUUGAAGCUAUUGAGUUGGAGCAAGCAGAAAGAGGCAAUCUGUGAUAUUGUUAUGGGGCCAGAGUGGGGCACUGAGGAGGUCACAGUGAGGUCAUGAUCAAGUCAAAAUGUCCUGUGUGAAGGAUGUGCUUCAUCUUGAUAAACGAAGGAGAUUAGAUUGAUGGAAAUAAGACACAUAUGUAUGACAUAUCUUUGUACAGACUUCAGUCUGAUGUCUUAUGCAGUUAUCUAUUCAGAAAUCAAAACAUUCAAUAUUUUUAUGAUGAAUCAUGUUUAUUUUGAAAUCAAUGUUAUCAAUGUGAAUUAGUGGAUGUUUUGCUGGGAAUGGAAUCAUGGUAUUUUAUAGGUACAUCAUUAAAAUGAUGUUUUCUUUGGGAGAGAGAGGAAAAAAACUUAAUUAAUCAUGCUUUUCAUUUUUUUUCUCUUUUAAUCAGUGUAUGUGAACCACUCCAGUAUUACCUUUCGGAUUUUUUGUAGUUGACCAUUGUAUGUGUACAGAUUUGGUUCUUGUGUUAAAUCGGAGUUAAUGUGGGUAGUUUUUCACCAGUAUAAUUAUGAAGAAUGAAAAUAGUAUUCCGUAACCUAGUAAAAAAAAAACACCCAAAGAUACCUACAUGUCAUUUAUCAAGUCAACCAGAAUUACUUUCUAUAUUUACUGUGAUACCGGUAAACUUCACUAGUAAUGAUAAUCAGUAGUUCACUGGUGUCAUAAGCAAUACAAGAAAUCCAUUAUAAAACGAACUUUUAUCAUGUUUACAGAGAAGUGUGCCUCUAGAUAUCCAAAUAAUAACGUGAGAUAUUGAUACAAAAGUUGUUAAUGCAAAACUAUGAGACUGAUCAAGGAUGAAAGUUAAGUAUAUUUUCUUAUUCUAGUCAAAAUAAUAUAAACUGUUCAUAAUAACAUCCAUAUACCUUGUCAUUUAUCAAAUACUGUUGCCAUUUUAGUGAGAUCCUACUUAAGUAUAUGAUAAAACUGGUCAAUUGGUCAUAAUUCUGUAGUAUAAAGAGACAGAUUUGCUUGAUUUAUCGUAGAUAUCACAUUCUAUAUACAAUUUUUAACAUAAAUUUAGGUCAUUUACACUUAAUUGGAAUGUGUAAUCAAAAUGUUUUUUUGUACCUGGAAGUUCCAUACAAUUAAACAUUGUAUUACUUUACAACGUUCAGAGUAUUACUAUUGAAGAGCUAUGUACAAUGACGAUAAAUCCUUAAUUUAGGGAAAGUCAUAUAAACUAUAUAAAAGAAAUGGCAAUACAGGAAUGUUAAAAUUAAAAUAAUCUUCUUACAAUUAAACAAAACAGAUAAAAUGAUAUAAAUCACCAGGCACCUGUAAAUUUGAUUACCGCUGUCCUUUAAAAAAAGUAAACUAUAUCUUUGAGUGAUGGCUUUAUACCGUUAUAUGUAAAUAUAGAUACUUUUUCAAACAGAAAUUAUGCUUUACCUACUUUAAGAAGGUUUGUGUGUUUACGUUUACGAUGAGGAUCCAGUCAUGUCAGGUUUCUCGGCUUAGUGAACAGUAAAAUGUUAAAUGUUCUGUAUCCUCACAUACUGAUAAUCAAGUAAGCAUCAGUGAAUCUUUACAGUUAAACUGGCGAUGUUUCGUAUUUUGAAAAUAUUCGAUUAAGCUUGGCAUCAAUGCAAUAUGAAAUAAACUUUAAAAAAAAACAAAAACAAAAAAUCAGGGAAUCAAGAUUUUUUUGUUUGUUUUGGUAAUGUUAACUUUGGAAGUGAAAGGACAUUUAUUGAUUAAUACAUUAUAUUUUAUUAUGAAUUGCAAAGGGGGAAAAUCAGAUACGUGUAUUUCAUUUUCAAUGCAUUGUUGCGACAGUUCCUGCUGAUGAAACUUGAUAUAACUGAAAUCUAUUCAUCCUCAGCCCUGAGGCAGCUUGAAAGAGAUGGUGUAUAGUACUGUAGGCCGGCAGCCCUAAGGCAGCUUGUAAGGACUGAUGUAUGUAGACCUCUGUCUACUAGGCAUUCCCGUGAAUACGAAAUUAAAUGUAUAACUUAUUAUCGUAUAUAGCCCUCUACACUAUAUCCAUCCCGAACAAUCUUUGAAAUUCAGUGCAUGAUAUGAAAUGAUUGACCUAAGUUGAAUAUGAUAAUUAACAAGAGGUGUCAACGGAGGAUAAUUUGCAUUAUAAAUUACCCAGCAACACCUGUGUCCUGAUGUAUUUGUUUAUUGGUUGAACUGAUUUUAAAGCACAAUUAUCUUUUGAUGAUGGAAGCUCAAACGUCCUUUGACUGUCGUGCUGUCUUGUAUUUUUUUUAUAUCUAAAGAAGGGCUAACAUUUGACUAUGUUCCUCAUAAGGACGUUUUUCAGAAUUAUUCAUGUAUAUUGAUACAUUGAUGUCAUGUUUAAUUAUAUUACUUAAAUACCCUUUGUUAGAGACAUUGUAAAUUUGCGGUUUCUCUUAUCUUGUAUUGCACUGUCUAUAUAUCCCCAACGCUAUGACUGAUCUAUAAUCAAAAUCCAAACUGCUAUUGUAUUAAGAUCUCGGUGAACAGUAAGCAGUGAAACGCGUUCUGUAAAAUAUAUCAAUUUCAUUCUGCACCAAUUUUAAAUUGACGAAAGUUCUUAAACUGCAAUUAUAUUAAGAUCUUGGUAAACAGUAAGCAUUGAAAUGUGUUCUGUAAAAUAUAUGAAUUGUAUUCUGCACCAACUUUAACUUGACGAACGUUCUUUAUGAAAUGUACUAUAUCUUUAAGAAAUGGUUGUGAUUUUUUUUAUGUAGUCAUCGAGUUCCACGACCUAAUCAUUCUUUACUUUUUUUCACUGUACACAUAAAACAUUAAAUUCAGCUUGAUAGUUAGUUCGAGUUUGUUGCAAAGUAGGCUGACUUUUCUUAAAAUAAGCUAAUACUGACAAGAACUUUGUUGGGACAGUGUACAUAUAUGUUAUAGGACUAUUAUGUUAUUUUAAUUCCUUUUCAAUCAAAGUUUUAAGAAUCUCGGUUGUUUCUUAGUUUUUGUCUGUAAUAAAGUAUUAUUUUUCCUUGAAGAUUUGUUACGGAUGUAUAUAUAUAUUGUUAACAACAAUUAUUGUGCAUUGCUAUUUCCUUUUAUCAUUCCAUAUCAUAUUUCGCUGUUGUCGCAAAUACACGUACAUGUUUCAUUAUCAUUUCACACCUCUUCAUCGUCUGUAUAUAGUAUGGAGAUUAAUUCUACAUUCUACUCCAGUAGGCAGAAUAUGUUGCUUAUUUUCUAUUCCUCGUAUAGUCGUUUUUCCUUCUCUAAGAAUUGAAGAGUCGAAAGAAGACAUUUGAGUUGCAAAAUUAAAAUAGAACAAAUAUGAUACAUGUCGGAUAGAGUCACCGUAUUUGAAAGUAAAUACAACACUCAAGAAAUAUUUUUUUAAAGUCCGAUACGAUACAGUUGUGAUUUCAAGGAAAUGUUUUUUAUGAUAAUUGCAUUCCUGGCCUUGCGUCUCGCUAUGUGGUAUUGCUGGCCUUGCGUCUCGCUAUGUGGUAUUCCGCACUUCCAACACUUCUUCCCAAUGUUACAUUAUGUACGUAAAUCGUAACUCGAUAUUUUUCAGUAUCACACGAAUCUGUAACCUAUGUCACUUUAUGAUAUUAUACCUAACAAUCAGAACGGUUUCCUGUUAACUUCCUUAAGAUGACCAAGACUAUAAUUUGAACUAUUUUGUUGUGUGAAAUAAAACCGGAGAUUAUCAUGGACAAA